AACUCAAAAUAUCUUUUCAGAAAAAAAUAAAUAAAAUUCUAUGCCCAAUUUACUCUUUCAUUUGUCCUCCCUCUUUCAAUCCCCCUCUUCCAUUUCCAAAAAAAAUUCCGAGUAGAGAGAAAGCUCACACAAGAGAGAGAAAACAACGGUGAACAUGACGGUGGAGGUAGCGAGCAACAAUGGAGUAGACACUUCUUCAGCGGUUGCAGUUUUUCAGAAUGGCGGCGUCGUUAAUGGCGAUUCAAAUUCUAACCCUAACAAUAAGAAGUCGAAGGAGAAUGAACGUCGACGUCGCCGACGUAAACAGAAGAAGAAGAAGAACAACGUUUCUUCGUCUUUGCAAAGUAAAGAAGAUGGUAAUGAGAGUGAUACUAAUGAUGCUGAUGGUGAUGCUGCUUCGCACCAGAUUUUGGAGCAAAUUGAGGUUAAAUAUGUGCCAGAAAAAGCGGACCUGGAUGAUUAUUUGCUUGUGGACUUCAAGGAGGUUUUUGAGAAGUUUAAAUUCAUAGAACCUGAAGGUGAUGAGGAUGAGAACAAAAAGGAUGAGACUGUUCAAGAUGCAGCUGGAAAGAAGAAAGCUGAUUCAGAUUCAGAUGAGGAAGAACAGGAUAAUCAGCUAAAGGAGAAAGGAAUCUCAAAUAAGAAGAAAAAGUUGCAAAGGAGGAUGAAGAUUGCUGAGCUGAAGCAAAUUUGUCGAAGGCCUGAUGUGGUAGAGAUUUGGGACGCUACUGCAUCUGACCCCAAGUUGCUGGUGUUUCUGAAGUCAUACAGAAAUACAGUUCCUGUACCAAGGCAUUGGUCUCAGAAGAGAAAGUAUUUACAGGGCAAGCGUGGUAUCGAGAAGCAGCCGUUUCAGCUUCCUGAUUUUAUUGCUGCAACCGGUAUUGAAAAGAUUAGACAGGCUUAUAUUGAAAAGGAGGAUAGUAAGAAGUUAAAGCAGAAACAACGUGAACGCAUGCAGCCAAAAAUGGGAAAGAUGGACAUUGACUAUCAGGUUCUGCAUGACGCAUUUUUUAAAUAUCAGACGAAGCCAAAAUUGUCAACAUAUGGUGAUUUGUAUUAUGAAGGGAAAGAGUUUGAGGUAAAACUAAGGGAGAUGAAGCCCGGUACUUUGUCUAAGGAGCUGAAGGAAGCUCUUGGUAUGCCUGAGGGUGCUCCUCCUCCAUGGCUCAUUAAUAUGCAGAGAUAUGGGCCACCUCCAUCGUAUCCACACUUAAAAAUCCCUGGGCUAAAUGCCCCCAUUCCACCUGGUGCCAGUUUCGGUUAUCAUCCUGGUGGCUGGGGUAAACCUCCUGUUGAUGAAUAUGGACGUCCACUGUAUGGAGAUGUCUUUGGUGUUCAACAGCAAGAGCAACCAAAUUAUGAUGAAGAGCCUGUGGACAAGUCUAAACAUUGGGGAGAUUUAGAAGAAGAAGAGGAGGAAGAAGAGGAGGAAGAGGAGGAGGAGGAGGAUGAGCAACCUGAAGAUGAAGAGCUUGAUGAUGGUAUUCAGUCUAUUGAUAGCUUGUCAAGUACUCCUACUGGUGUUGAAACACCUGAUGUCAUUGACCUUCGUAAGCAACAGAGGAAAGAGCCCGAGAAACCUCUUUAUCAAGUACUUGAAGAAAAAGAAGAGAAGAUUGCCCCUGGCACAUUGCUCGGUACAACUCACACUUAUGUUGUUGGAGCUGCCACUCAAGACAAAGACAAAGCAGGAGCUAAGAGGGUUGAUCUUCUUAGGGGUCAAAAGGCAGACAAAGUGGAUGUGUCUCUUCAGCCAGAAGAGCUUGAGUUAAUGGAAAAUGUAGUGCCUGCCAAGUACGAAGAAGCAAGGGAAGCGGAGAGACUACAUAGCCAACGUGAGGAUUUCAGCGAUAUGGUUAUAGAGAACGAGAGGAAGAGGAAGCGAAAGAUGCAAGAAAAGGAAGGGAAAUCAAAGAAGAAGGAUUUCAAAUUUUAAAAUGUCGGAUUUUGUUCUUUUCUUGAAAAUCCGAUCCCCUCGGUUGUAGUACAGUUGCUGCUAUGUUUUAUAGCUUAGAAAUAUAACCCAGCGAUGCAUCUUAUUCCUUGGUACUGUAAUAGCGUUCCUGCUAUAUUUUGGGUCACAUAAUACUUCUCUUUGUAGUAUAAAAUGUUUCUUAGUUUCGAUGGAAGGUUGAGUAAUUUUGUCUUGAUUUUUAGAUAUUGCAACCUUUAAAUUCUCCUUGUCGAAUCUAUGAAAGUAUCAUUUAGUUUUUGAGUUUUGUUUA